AUGACCCAACAUUCCAAUCGUCACUUCCGCGUCUCUCGAAUGGCACCCAUCAACGAAUUGAGCGUCGAAUUGCUAGAGAGCAUCUUUGCCUACCUCUCAAUGCUCGAACUCUUACGCAUCCGACGAGUUUCCAAAUACUGGCAAGAAGUCAUCAGAUGCUCGUCACAGCUCUCGCGCAAGACUUUCCACGGCUUCGUCCCUUCAGAUGCCCUAUCACCAGAAGAGCUAACCAGAUUCGUCUGCGACAACGCUCGCAACGGCCGGUCAUCCCUCGACAGACAAGGAAUCGCGAUGUCGGUUCCCUCCAGCUCCGUGACGAGUCUCAUAGACAGCGAGAAGCCAUGCCCAGAACUAUCUGUGGAACCCACCAAGCUCGCGCCAGCAGUCCGUUUCAAUCCAGUCUUUCCUUCGCAAGGCAACAUCAUGCGCACAAGAACGAAGCAAUUCCGGGAGCCGUUGACAUCCUCAAGUUCUUGGCUGGACAUGUACCUCACCCAGCCGCCCUGUAAUUAUGCAAUCGCAACCGUGUACCACAAACAGGGUUCUCCAAACUUCUUCCGAAGAUGGGCUAGGCGCGAUGCAGAUACCGGAACAUGUAUUGUAGAGGUGAUGAGGCCACAAGGGGUCCGGGCCAGAGAUGUUUUGGAGGCCGCGAAGGCCGCGCAGGAUUCGAAGAUUGAGAUCAAGAAGUGGCGGCGAAUCGACAUCUAUAUUCCAGGUGUUUUUCAUGUGUAG